AUGGGCACACCAGCGGAGGGACCGCCUCCGAUGGACAACCAGGGCGCCCACCACCAGCACAACAAUGAUCCCCACUCCAACGGCCUCAUGCGCCGCGCCACAGACGACGGCGCCUCGUCGUCCACCUCGCUCGCGCCCCACGGCAUGGGCUAUCCCUUGCGCUCUGCCACCGACCCCGGCGACCAGAACCAGCCCGUCUCCAAACCCAAGCGCAGCGGCAAGAUUUGUGGAAAGUGCGGAGAAGGCCUGACCGGCCAAUUUGUGCGAGCCUUGGGCGACACUUACCACCUCGAAUGCUUCACCUGUCAUGACUGCAACAAGAUUGUCGCAUCUAAAUUCUUCCCAGUCCCCGAAAAGCCCCCUGGUCAGUACCCGCUGUGCGAGACCGACUAUUUUCGCCGACUCGACUUGCUCUGCUUCGAGUGCGGACAGGCUCUGCGUGGCUCCUACAUCACUGCGCUCGACCGCAAAUACCACAUUGAGCAUUUCACCUGCUCCGUCUGCCCCACCGUCUUUGGCGCGUCCGACAGCUACUACGAGCACGAGGGCAGUGUCUAUUGCCACUACCACUACUCAACCAAAUUUGCCCAGCGUUGCAAUGGCUGCCAGACGUCCAUCCUCAAGCAGUUUGUCGAGAUUUUCAGAAACGGCCAGAAUCAGCAUUGGCAUCCGGAAUGCUACAUGAUCCACAAGUACUGGAACGUGCGACUCCACUCCACCGGUCAGCCUGUCAUUGAGCAUCUCCACGAGGCCGAUAAAGAUGCCACGGAUGAAGUGCGAGAGACUGUGCGCCAACAAGAGGAGGAAAUUGAAGCAAAGGUCAACUGGAUCUGGAAGACCUUGUCGGCUUUUGAGGAGAAGUCGGCCACGUGCAUCUCCGACAUGCUUCUCCACGUGAGCAACGGAGCCUACGUAGACGGCGUCAUGGCAGCGAAAAAGUUUAUUGUCCACAUCGAGUUGCUAUUUGCUGCUGCCGACACGCUCGACUCGCAAUUGGUCGUCCGAACCCCGAAAGGUCUGACAUACUCGCGCGAAUCAAAACUUCUCUGUAAGAAGGUGGUUGCUUUUUUCGCGCUCCUUACCCAGUCCCAGGGUACCGGUGUACGUCGGCUGGGUGUGACCCAAGAAUUGCUGUCCCUGGUGACUGGUCUCGCCCACUAUCUGAAGCUCCUGAUCCGUAUUUGUCUGCAGGGAGCUCUAAAAUUAGAGCGCGAAACCCGCACCUCUACUGGCCUGACCAACUUUCUCACCCAAGUUAAUUCUCUUGACGCACGACUAGAGGAAGAGUCCCAAAAAGAUCAGGCGGCUGAGUCUGCGCGUCUGGUCCCAAGAUGGGCUGACGCGUGUCCCAUCUGCGACGCCCAGGUCGAAGACAAAUGUCUCCACCUAAACAACAUGUCGUUCAACUACAGUUGCAUGGUCUGCCGUGGCUGCAACGCUGACCUCCGACAUGACCCUCGCAAUGCUUAUUGGAUUCAAUCCAAGCGAAGCAUCCUCUGUCCCGCUUGCGCUGCCGCGAGUGCGGACGCGGAAAAGGGAUUCGAGCAAGUCACCAAACUGCGCCAGUACGUUCAUCUACUAAAUGUGGCGCAUGCCCGCCUCAUGGCUACUCUCCGUUCGAGCGGCGCAUUGCCUCACACCUCAGAUGACCCCAACCUAGCCGGCUAUGACUCUUCACAAGGCCAUCGUCUGGGAGACGCCGAUGCGGAUUCUCAACCGGCCCACUUGCGAUCAGACACACGCUCCAAAUCCUAUGGUGGAACCCCGACCACGGAAAGCCAGGUCAGCCAAAAUGCCGCCUACGAACAAUCAAUGUCGGACAUCAAGCGUCUUAGGUCGACGCGUCUCGACAAGCACCUCUCCAACACCAUGAAGCGUGCACGUGCGUCGCGCAUCAUUGACGGUCCCGAAGGACUUGAUUCAGCUGGCGGCGAGGGUCAAUUAAGGGGUGGAAUGCACAUUGUCCAAGAGGGUCAAGGAAACGAAACUGAUGCUGUGACCCUCGCCGUCAAUUCCCUUGCCUUGGACGACAUUGCGCGUAUGGCUGCCCUGGAACAGCAGCGAGAACAGCGACCCAAUGCUUUCCGUGCUGGUGGCAGUGCGCUACUCGGUCAAGGCGAGCAAGGCAGACUGCAGACCGGCCAUCGCCGAGACUUUUCCGGUGGUCAAGAACUACAGCAAAUGAGUGAAGGCCGCUCGCGAACAUACUUUUCGGAGCUUUCGCCAUUAGAGUAUUUCAAGCUCAAGGGUCUGGCUGUCCUUCAGCUCGGACUCUUGCUUGAUGACAGCCAGUACAACCAAGGCGAACUGCUCGACCUGAUUGAAUCGAAAAAGAACAACUUUUGGGGCAAAAUUGGGUUUGGUAAAGCUUUCAAAGGCGACAAGGCCAAACCAAAGAAGAACGUCAACAGCGCCGUCGAGAAGCCCGUUUCGGACAAGGCGACGUUUAGACAGUCUCUCGAAUAUCUGGUGGAAAAGUUUGGUGAUGAGUGCACAGAGGGUGUUGGACCAGGUGCUCUCAAGGUCCCAGCUUUACUACAAGACUGCAUCACUGCGAUGCGAAACAUGGACAUGUCUAUCGAGGGUGUGUUCCGAAAGAACGGCAACCUCAAGGCUCUGCGCGAGCUUGAGGAGGAGAUUGAUGCCAAUGGAGUGCAAAAGGUUGACCUGAACAACAAGAACCCGGUCAUUCUCGCGAAUCUUCUGAAGCGCUUCCUUCGACUAAUGCCAGAGCCUGUCCUGACAUUGAAGUUGUACAGAUUGUUCAUGGUAGCCAAUGACAUCGAAGAUGAAGCUCAAAGAAAGAAGGUAUUACACCUCGUGCUCUGCUUACUACCCAAGGCCCAUCGCGAUACCAUGGAGGUACUGUUUUGCUUCCUGAACUGGGUUUCGUCCUUCCACACUGUCGACGAGGAGACGGGUAACAAGAUGGAUACCUGGAACAUUGCCACUGUCAUGGCACCCAACAUUCUGCGCGAGAGUAACGAUAGAGAGGUGAAGAGUGUAGACCAAGGCGCGGUCAAGGUGGUGUUUGAUCUCAUUGAGAACAAUGACGAGUUUUCCGAGGUACCUCCAGAAAUUAUGGAACUGCUAAGCGAUGAGACAUCUGAUAUGAGCGCAAAAGAGAUUAUGCGCCAGUGGGAGCAGCGUGGAAAGAAUCCAAUCGCCGCUCCUAACCAAGCACCAAGAGACCAAAACGGCACAGCGUCAAGAAAGGACCAACGCAAUGCACCUCAGAUCACUACAGCAGAUAACAAUCCCUCGGUCCAAGCAGGCGAGGCCGUCCGCCCAAUCGCAGGAGCAGGCGGCCAGGUUCGCAAUCAACACAGCCCAGCCCCAGGGCCUGAUAGAGGCCAACCCAACGCUGGCUACGGGCCAAGCCCACAAGCAUCAACAAACAGCCACCGGACUGCUUCGCCCCACCGGAACAGCUACCGCCCGCCGGGCUUCCAAAAACACACACAAGUCGGCACAGCAGGUGCCGGAUAA